AUGGUUCUCGAUGCUCUUGGGAGUAAUCAUGAACCACCAGGUGACGAUAGUACUAGCGGUUCAGACGAAGAGCCAAAUGCUCAAGCAAAAGCAUUUCAAGAGCUUUUAAAGGCUGCCGAGCAACCUUUAUACGAAGGUAGCUCCAUGUCUGUGCUAGAAAUGGCAUCUCGAAUUGUAUCUUUGAAGUCGGAAUACAAUUUGCCCCAUAGGUGCGUUGAUGGGUUUGCUUCAUUACUGAACGAAGCGAUUCCCGGCAAUAAUAAGAUGGGGAAAACAUUAUAUGAUACAAAGAAGAUUCUUAACGGACUUGAGCUUUCGCACAAGAAGAUCCAUGCAUGCCCAAAGGGUUGUAUGUUAUUUUGGAAAGUUGACGCUGAGUUGGAUAAGUGUAGAGUGUGCGAAAGGGAUAGAUACAAGAGGACUUCAAAGGGGUCAUUGGUUCCAAUAAAAGAACUCAUAUAUUUUCCAAUCACUCCAAGGCUACAACGGUUGUUUGCAACAAAGAACGUUGCGGAGGAAAGGACUUGGCAUUCCAAAAAUCCAAGAGUCCAAGGCACAAUGGCGCAUCCUAGUGAUAGUGAAGCUUGGAAGCACUUGGAUAGAUCCUUCCCCGAUUUCGCAUCUGACCAUAGAAAUGUGAGACUUGGUAUGUGUACCGAUGGGUUUGCUCCUAAUGGAAAGUUUGGGGGUCAGUAUUCAUGUUGGCCAGUCAUUCUGAUCCCUUAUAACUUGCCUCCAUCGAUGUGCAUGAAAAAACCAUUUAUGUUCCUUUCUUUUCUCGUUCCUGGUCCUAAAAAUCUGAAUGGGAACUUGGAUGUGUAUAUGCAACCGUUAAUUGAAGAACUGAAAGAACUGUGGGAUGUUGGUGCAACAACUUACGACAUCUCGCAAAGAAAAAACUUCAAUUUGCGUGCAGCAAUCUUGUGGACUAUAAGUAAUUUCCCAACAUAUGGUAUGAUUUCUGGAUGGGCAACAGCUGGUAAAAAAGCAUGUCCAUAUUGCUUGGACAAAUUAAAAGCUUUUUGGCUUGAACAUGAUGGUAAAAUGUCUUGGUUUGAUUGUCACCGACAAUUUCUUCCUCCCGAACAUCCUUUUCGAAACAACAAAAUUGCUUUUUGUAAGAACAAGGUUGAAAAGAGGACACCACCUCACAUAAUGUCCGGCGAUGAGCUAUGGCAACAAGUUCAACACUUUGCUAAGGCAACAGAUGGACCAGAAGCACUUGCAAGCUUGAAAAAGAAGAAACUAGGUUGGUUUAAGCAAAGCGUUCUUUGGGAGCUACCGUACUGGAAGACUCUUCGCCUCCGCCACAACCUCGAUGUGAUGCAUAUUGAAAAGAAUUUCUUUGACCAACUAAUUCACACAGUGAUGGAUUUGAAAAAACAUACUUCAGACACAAUUGCAUCUAGAAAUGACAUUGCCAUAUAUUGCAAACGACCACAACUACAUGUGACGGAGGAUGCGAGAGGCAAAGACACUUUGCCGAAAGCCCCAUUCUCACUCGAAAAGGCUCAAAAGAAAGUGUUAUGCGAGUGGGUAAAGAACUUGAAAUUUCCCGAUGGUUAUGCUUCUAAUUUGAGUAGAUGUGUAGAUUUACAAUCAUGUAAGCUUCAUGGUUUAAAGAGCCACGACUGUCAUGUCUUCAUGGAGAGAUUGUUGCCGGUUGCUUUGAAGGAAUUGCUCCCGGUCCAUGUUUGGAAAGCUAUUACUGAGAUUAGUCUUUUCUUCCGUGAUCUUUGUUGUUCCACCAUCAAAUUGAGUGAUAUGGAAAGAUAUGGUUAG